CGAGUAUCGAGCUUCCCCGCGAUAACAAAGACAUGCGACCUGGUAACAUGCGGAGAAAAAAACUAGGUUCUUAUAUAAUAUCCCUGGUAUAGAAGGAUGGCUUAUCAUAGAGUUCAUAAACAAGAUGAUUCCAUAAUCCGCAUUGUCGCGCGUGGAAACUGAGAGGAUAUUAUUUGGAAGCGCAUGUCGCAAAAGUCGCAAAUAUGGCUGACCCCGAAGCAGGGAAAAGGGACGAAAUCAAGACGAGCCCUACAGAAAAUCAGGAUGAUGUUAUCGGCGACUUGAAAGCGGAACAAGAAUUACGCAAUAUCGGUACUCUUGACCGCAAACUCAAGUCCCGACAUGUUCAGUUUAUGGCAUUGUCGGGAGCCAUUGGCACCGGUCUCUUCAUCGGCAGCGGCCAAGUUAUAUCUCUUGCUGGUCCACUAUCUGCUUUUCUCGCAUAUUUGAUCACGGCCUUCAAUGUUUACUGCGUGGUCCACAGUUUAGGCGAAAUGGCAACUUAUCUCCCUCUCCCUGGUGCUGUCCCCGUCUAUGCUUCUCGAUAUGUCGAUGAAGCGCUAGGUUUCGUUCUGGGCUGGAAUUAUUGGUAUCAACUCGCUAUCGGUUGCCCCAUCGAAGUCACAGCAUCGGUCGUUGUCGUGGAUUACUGGCCUAACGAUGUUCCCAAAGCGGCGCUAGUCACUGUCUUCCUGUUCGUGAUGGUCGCCGUCAAUUGUUUUCCGGUGCGCAUAUAUGGAGAAGCCGAGUUCGCAUUCGGCGCCAUUAAACUCACGACUAUUGUCGGAUUAAUCCUCCUCAUGUUUAUCGUUACGCUGGGCGGAACUCCUAGUGGCGACAGGAUUGGAUUCAGAUAUUGGAACAAUCCGGGACCGAUGAAUGAGUACCUAGUCGAUGGGUCACUUGGGCGAUUCCUCGCCUUUUGGAAGGUCUUCAUUCAAGCGACGUUUUCUUAUGGCGGCUCAGAAAUGGUGGUCAUUGCCAGCGGUGAGACCGAAAAUCCAAGGCGCAAUAUUCCCAAAGCGAUUCGAAGAGUAUUUUGGCGAAUUGCUCUCUUUUAUGUGCUCGCCAUUUUUCUUGUUACUUUGUGCGUAUCAUCGGAAGACGGUCGCCUCUUGGAUGCUAUUCAGAACUCGGCUCCUGGCGCCGCAGCAUCCCCUUUCGUCAUCGCUAUUGAGAAUGGUGGUAUCAAAGUCUUACCCUCCAUCAUCAAUGCUGUAAUUCUUACUUCGGCAUGGUCCGCCGGUAACUCAUUUUUCUACUCUUCAACGCGAGUCCUCUACGCCGCAGCACUAGACGGAAAAGCCCCGAAGAUUCUAACCUACGAGAAGUGGGGAGUUCCAUACGCUUGUGUUGGCGUAACUACGGCGCUCAGCCUACUAUGUUACAUGAAUCUAAAUAACCAGGGUUCGGACGUUUUCUUCUGGUUCUCGAAUAUUUCGGCCGUUUCGACGCUGAUUGUGUGGUCGUCUAUUUGCGUGACGUAUCUGCGUUUCUACUAUGGUCUUCGAUAUAAUGGGAUCUCGCGCGAUACCCUACCAUACAAAUCGCCGCUUCAGCCGUUUAUGGCAUAUUUCGCUAUUUGUUUCUGCCUCAUUGUCGCUGUCUUCAACGGUUACGACGCUUUCUUCCCCGGGAAGUUUAGCGCAAAGACAUUUGUUCCACCUUACAUCGACAUUCCGAUUUUCGCUAUUUUAUUCCUCGGCUACAAGAUAGUUAAACGAACGAAAUUCAUUAAGCUAAGCGAUAUGGAUCUAUGGAGCGGCAAGGCAGAGAUCGACCGAUUAGAGGGGACGUGGCCAGAAGUUAAGCCGAAGAAUUUCUUGGAGAGAAUCUGGUUUUGGAUUGCAUAAGGAUGCCCAAUUCUACUCAACAGUAUUUGAACAACGGGUGGCUUUACGUUCGUGUGAAAUUCAUUAUAUAACUAUUAUACAGGCGAAAUAAAUACCUCAUUAUCAUAUCUUUUCCACGUUUCCCCGACAGUCAUAGUCUCAUUUUCCUUCAUACAUCUUCUCAAUCUUAGACGUACAUAUCUUCCGACAACCCCGCUUACAAGUUAACAAUAACGGCCGCACCACCAAAGAGGGCGGCAGCGCCAACAGCACCGGUCUUCAUGGGCAUGGCGAGACCCGAAGAGCUAGAGGAUGCAGCUGAGCCGCCCGCCGAUGUGGCAGCAGGGAAGGUUGUAGUAGCAGUCGAAACACCGCUAGUAAAUGGGACA